AUGUUCAAAUUAUAUCUCUACUCUGUACUCGCAUUAAUUUGCAUUGCCAGCGUUCUCGGAGCUGAAACUCAUAAUGAUACCGGUAGUACUUCGUCUAGCAGAACGCCAAGCCCACCUCGCAUUCGUACAACGGUUGAAAAUGAGUACGCUGGAGCACAUGGUUUAGAAUAUCGUAAGAAACGUGUGACGACAAACUUGAAAGCAGGUGCAGAGUUUGUAAAAGGUACAGGCUGUACUAUCAAAGGGGUUUGUCGUAGUAUUGUGCACAAAUCAGACACGCAAGAUCGUGAAAAGGCAAAAGGUCAUUUUGAUAAAGCCAAAGAAUUGCGAAACGAAUCGCAUACUCUAGGUGAAAAACACAAAGAACUCAAGAAUAUCCAAUUUCCCUCUCCAGAAGAUGCACGAGCAAGAGUUCAGCAAAAUGUUGAAGCAAGAAGACAAAGAGUCAAAGCUAAAGCAGUUCAUACAUAG